CAUGACUACCAACAUUCCAUUCCAUGGUAAACUAAACCUCUAUCUCUUUUCCUCUAAUUGACGUGCUGGUUAACUGUCAAUACUCCAUUGCAUCCAUCCCUGUCUUCAUCCCCCCUCGCAGGAAUCUACAGAACCACAUACCAUUUGCGGAAUCAUUAUCGCAUCCAAACCCUCCUAGCAAGACGAAAAGAUGGUACGUGGCCCCGUCUGAUUGUUUGUUGCUCAGCAAUCCCUUUAUAUGGUGGCGAGAGAAACAUGGCCAGCGAGGUGGAGGAUCUGGAUCUUGGAGGAAGUGGUUGUUUACUUCCUACUGGAUUUGGGGGCAUUCGGUUCCAAUGAAUCGAUUGGAUUGAAUUGCCGCCCCUCAACCUCAUGCGCAUUCCCUGGUUCGCCCUAUUCCGCCAUUCCAUCAAUUCCCUCGUUAUUUUCCCUAAAUCACCCCAUACUCGUUUCCUCCCCCUCCCCCACAUCCUUCUUUGAUCCCGUCGCUUUCCUUUGUUGAAGAUCGCAUUUGCCAUUCAGAAUGGCCGGCUCACAUAAUAUCGACGAUGAUCAGGCCUCUACCAACUACAAGGAAGCGUUCUCUCUCUUCGACAAGCGCGGCACCGGCAAGGUCACCCUGGAGUCACUCGGUGAUCUCUUGCGCGCAUGCGGCCAGAAUCCUACCCUCGCUGAAAUUGCCGAUCUAGAGAAGAGCCUCGGCGGAGAUUUCGACUUCGACUCCUUCCUGAAGGUUCUCAACCGACCGGGUGGUUUCCGUGAUCCCGGCGAAGCCGAAGAAUACUGCCGUGGAUUCCAGGUGUUCGAUAAGGAUAUGACCGGGUUUAUUGGGGUCGGUCAGCUUCGAUACAUUCUGACGAACUUGGGCGAGAAGAUGUCGGAUGAGGAAGUUGAUGAGCUGCUCAAGGCUGUUGACACUAGCUCAGGCGAGAUUAAUUAUACCGACCUCGUCCGCACGAUUCUGGCCAACUGAUGAUUGAUACACGAUACCCUAUGUUCUAUGAUAUUACGAGAAUCGCUCGAGGGGACGGAGUUGGGCUCAGUUUCAGUUCGUUUGUAUUGUAUAUCGGGUUCACAUGAUAUGGAUAGCACAACAGCAAUGAUAUAGCAUAAACAUUUACAUA